CCCCGUUGCCUAAACCCGCUCAAGGUACGUUUGUGCGACACCGCUGGACGGCGUGAGUAGCCCCCGGCAACUCUGCUGGCUCGAAACCCACCAUCAUGACAGCGAAUGCCAGACGAACCAAGGACGACGUCGACGCUCUCCAGAGCAAGAUGAAGGACGCUGACGAGCUCUCUUCCAGCGAUGACCCGGAGUCGCCAGGAGGGUCCCAACCUCCCCUCAAGCGCUCCAAAUCCUCCACGCCCUCCUCGUCCUCGUCCUCCCACUCCAAGUCCAGCAAGUCCUCCAACUCCACCGGCACCUCUAGCAACAGCGCUAGCACCAGCACCAGCACCAGCACCACCAGCAGCAGCAGCAAGAGUUCCAAGUCAUCCAAGAGCUCCUCCAAGUCAAAGUCAUCCAAGUCGUCCAAGUCAUCCAAGUCAAAGUCAAAGUCUGCCGGUAGCAGGCGAACUGGCUUUGGUACCGCUGCGAAACGCAUCCAGCAGGAGAUGAAGGAGCUGGCGUCGGACCCUCCCCGCAACUGCAGUGCCAGUCCCAAGGGCUCCAACAUCUUCGACUGGGGGUCAACCAUCAUGGGCCCUGAGGGAUCGCUGUAUGAGGGCGGCAUCUUCUACUUGGACAUUGUGUUUCCACAAGACUACCCGUUCCGCCCGCCCAAGGUGACCUUCAGGACGCGCAUCUACCACUGCAACAUUGCCAGCAACGGCGCCAUCUGCCUCGACAUUCUCAAGGAUCAGUGGAGCCCAGCCCUGACCUUGUCCAAGGUGCUACUGUCUGUGUGCUCCUUGCUCGCCGACUGCAACCCAGAGGAUCCCCUGGUGCCAGCAAUCGCGCAGGAGUACAUCAACCAGCGAGAGGUUCACGACAGCAAGGCACGCGAGUGGACCAAGCUCUACGCAACCUAA